AUGGUGCCGGCCACGGACCUCCGCGACGUCGCCAGCGGCUGCGGCGCGUCGUGGGUGGCGUCCUCAUGGAGCGCGAGCGCCCGCACCCCCGGCUGCAGCGCUAACCUGCUCGUUAUUCCUGCUCUGGCCAGCCGCAUGUCGGACAUCAAGACUUCUCCCCCUCCAGCGGCUUCCUUGGCCGCCGCGCUCCCGGGCUCGGAGCGGCCCGACUACCGGGGCAAGUGCCUCUACAAGACGGGCAAGUGCGUGAAUGAGCGCGCGCUCAAGACGUCGGGCGCGGCCCACAACCUCUGCGACGAGCACCGCAACCGUCAGAACCAGCACCAGCGCAAACUCGACGCCAAGAACCGACUGCACAAGCGAGAGCGACGCGCCUCCGGCGGGGCCGCCAAGACGCCCAAGAACGAGCGCUUCGCGCCGUACCCGGUCGCGUCGACAGCUCAGCGUCACGCGCUGCCCAGUUCAGUCGACACGUCCGACGACGACCACGUUGCUUCAGCCACUGUAGUGUCCGCCACCCCAUCAGGGGCAGCAGCAGCAGCAGCAACUUCGGCCGCAGAAAGAGCGACGGCCACGACGCAGACGACUGUGCUGGCCACGACUAGCAGCGGCGUCAUGUUCCUGCCGAAUGGGCCGCAGCCGCCGCAGGUGUCGUACCCCUUCGUGAUGCAGGACUUUGACGGCAUUGUCGUGCCGCUGCCCUCCUAUCUCGAAGGCCAAGAGCGCGUCGAGUUCCGCUCGCGCAUCUACCGGAAGGUGUUGGACUUCAUCUCGGAAGAAUGCAUCCUGCGAUUCGGCGCCAGGGCCGGCGGGUCUGCAUCGGUCGACGCAGCCACCGCCACCACCGUUGCUACAGUCGUCCCGAGCGCCGCAACGCACGCAACCAUCCAAGCCGAACCGCAGUCGAGCCAAGAAGGCGCUGUAGUCGCGUCGCUAGGCGCGAGUCCCGAAGACGAUGACGGCUUGGACACCCAAACAGAAUCCGAGGAUGUCGCUGACGAAUCAAGGUCCACGGGUGGCAUCGCUUCCAAGAAGGUGCAUUAA